AUGACUGGUGCGAGUACAAGAGACCAAACUGUUGAAGAACGUUAUGGCAUUCCUGAGAACUUCUUGGAAAUUGAAGUCAAGAAUCCUCAAACACAUGGCUUUGGACGUAAAAUGUAUACUGAUUAUGAAAUUAUCUGCAGAACCAAUAUUCCUGCCUUUAAAUUAAAACAAUCUGCAGUCCGUAGAAGAUAUAGUGAUUUUGAAUGGUUUCGGGAUGUAUUAGAACGUGAAUCUACUAGAGUGAACAUCCCUCCUUUGCCAGGAAAGGUCUUUACGAAUAGAUUUUCGGAUGAAGUGAUUGAACAACGUAGAGAAGGUCUGGAAAGAUUUUUACAAAUUGUUGCUGGACAUCCUUUAUUACAGACUGGCAGUAAAGUCCUUGCUGCCUUUAUUCAAGAUCCAAACUUUUCUCGUGAUAGCUACAACUAUUAA